CGGGGAGCAUUUGUCAUGAGCUAUGAGUGCAGUUUGUAGCCUUGUUUGGGCUCCAGGCAAACGCCGCGGGCCGCGCAUCGGCUGACCAGCAACAUCUCUAGACCUCGUUCGGAAGGGCCGAAAUCGGCUGGGAUUCGGUUCGUUGGAGCCCUUGCGCCAGGCCGCCUUUACCAGCCUGCCGGGUCCACACGCGGAUCCUCAACCUUUCUGUAGAGCCAGGGCUUGUGGCCCAGGUCGCUUUGUGGCCCAGGUCGCCUUGGGAUGGGCGGUGCCGGGUCGGCGCAGCAGGUGCAGCAGCUGCCACCCGCGCGGCUGGAAACAGUCUUCGACUGUGUGAUCGGCUCGGAGCCGACCCUUGCCGGAGCCUACGGCGCCAGGAGGACAUCGAAGCCAUCAGCACCACCCUCUGUGGCCAGCGUGCGGGAGGGGGCGCAGAUUGCGAGCGGCCGCAUCGCCCAGAAGUGUUGCUGGCUGGAAGGCCCGGCGGGUCGGUCACACGGCACCUCGCUGCAGGACGUUCGAAAUACCAUCAGCGACAUAUUGCUCAGUUUCGCGUUCGACUCGGUGACGCGCCCCAGUUCGUUCUCGAAUUUUAUUUGUGUCGUCAUCGACCCGUGGUCCCCGCGGGGCGUCUGCAUAGCCGACGAGAAGAGCAUGCCCACCAUCCCGGAGGAUCAGCUCUUGGCUUGGUGCGCGCGUGACCGCAUCAGGACCGAUGAGGAUUGCCGUGUGGAGUCCAUCAAGAUCCUGCGCCUGUUGGCUUCCAGUGAGGUGGCGCUCGGCCUGGACACGCCGCGGCGACGGCGGGUGCGCAGCCGGCCGUCCUUGCCGGGCCACUCGGGGAAGAUGCUGCCGCAGCGAGGUGAUGCCAUCAGGCGGAAGCGCAUCGUCCCCAUCGGCCUCAUGACGGACGACAGAGUACCGUGCGAGCAUCGGAGGGGCAGCAGCCAGAGUCGUAACGGCAGCUAAGCCCCGUGGGCCUCGGGUGCGUCGGCAGUGCAGGGGUCUCCCCAUGGAGGUACCUGCUGUUUUGCGGGGGGCAGGGCCAAACAGGGUCGGUAUACAAGUGGAGUCCUUCUGCCAUAAUGCCGCAGGCUCUGGCAUUGUGGGCUACAGUGGAGGCCCAUGCCAAACAACUCCCUGCUUGUUUCUUGUAGACUUGCCUCCACUGUAGACUGCAACGCAUCAAUUAGUUCACAAGCUUUGGAGUGAGGCGCUCCUUGAUGACCCAAGGCCAUUCCAGGACAGCCGGUGAACAAGCUUUGUGUACAUCGUUGAGCACAGAUCGUAUGCGACAUCUACCGCGCUGCCCCUAUGGGGCCGGACUGACGGUACGAUGGCGCGCGUUCGUGUGCUUGCCAACCUGGGCGUGAUGUUCAAAGUUGAUCUGGUCUAGUUCUGUUUCUAGAAGCUUCCCAUGGCUUUUUUUCCGAGCUGUAGGCUGAAUUCGAUAUCAAGGCAAACGACGUCCUCCAGCUAUGCGGUGGCCAGGCAUUGUGGCUGAAAGCCGUGCGGAAUUCUACGAAGGUAGCGCCCGCUUGACCGUCGAGGAAGAGUUGUUGUUCUAAGGACAUUGCCACUUCUGGCGAAGCGCGUUUUUGUUUCGCUGCGCAGCGAAUCUAACACGUUUCCUGUUGUAGGUUUGUCCAUACGGUUUCCUGAACCAAUGCGCAAGUUUUUGUUCGCUGUGCCCGGAUUCUCAGUCGAGCAAGACUCGCAUGGGAAACGCAGGCCUUGAUCGCCGUGGCUUUUGGCACAGCAUCGUACAUGCAGCUGGCUGUAGCUCCGAACGACUCCCAGGCUUGGCCUUCCAGACUCCCAUCUGGCGCGGAGCGAAGGUUUCGUGUGGCCGUGCUGUGCAGGCGCGCGGACGUUGUCCCGAGGACGCAGC